AUCAGCCGGUUUAAAUGAGCGGUUCUCUGGAUGGUGGGGCGGUGAAUGCUGAGUCCCGCCCACCGGUUUAGGGCUGCUGACUCCGUGGUCGGGAGGAGAUCAGACAGCGGGACUGUAGCGGGUGGAGGUCUGAGUAAACAGAGCUGCUCUGCUUCAUUCAUCAGACACAGCGCUGCCGGGGAUCCUCGGCCGGUAUGGGGCUCCGGGAGAGGACCGGGCAGCGGCAGUAGCGCUGUGUUUGUGCUGCGGGACGCUGAGCUGAGUGGAGCGGCGGUUGGGGCGGUAGAUGGCCGGCAGCAGGCAGCAGGGCUCCGGGGGCCAGGCUGGGAGAGCAGCCGCUAUAGCCCGGCUCCUGCAGGAGGAGAGCUCCCAGCUGCUGCACUUAUAUACUGAGCGGGAGUCUCUGCCCGUCUCUGCUGCCCCCGGCGGUCAGUUGGUGGUACUGCCCCCGCUGGGCGCCGCGCUCUCCCCCGUGGAGCGGCUCUGUUUCCUGCACGCGGCGCUGAGCGAGUGCCGCCGCCUGCUGGACGAAGCGGUGAAGCGCGAGGACGCGGAGUUCAGCCCGGAGGAGCAGUACCGGACCCAGCGGAGAACCGUCCUGGACCGCCUGGACCACCUGCUGCACAGCACCGAGCCCCUCCUGCAGGACGGCAAGAGGUGUGCGGCCAGUGUAGCUGAGAUACCUGAUGCAGUAGACGGUGGUGUGUUUGCUCUGAAGAAGUGGAUUCUGCAGGUGCUGCAGGAUAUAGUGCAUUGGUCCAGUCAGACGUCAGAGGUUCUGCAGACGCUGCCGGUGGAGAAAAGCUCGAGGAGAAUGAGGAGAGCAGCUCGCCGACACCAACCCAGACUGAGGAAAUGAUCCGCUGUGGAUAACGUGUGUCUGUAUGAGUGUGAGUGAGGGAAAGGGGAAGUGUGGGAAGACACGAGGAGCUGUGAGCAUCAUAUAAAGAGGAGAAAUAAUUGAAGGAACUGCAGAGAGAAAGAGAGAGAGAAGGUCAUUUACACUCAAUACUGAAAGAAGAUGAUGGUAUUCUGACUCGUGGAGGAGAGUUCAGGAGCAUCCUCUACAUGAUGGAGUGUAUUUUGUUCAGAUUUAUGAUAAAUAUGAGUAAAAUACCCUCUAAAAUAUCAUUUUUGUUGUUUAUCAGCUUAAAAAUCUGAAACGAGGCGAAAUGAAAAAUAAUAUGAUAAGUUGCUUCAAAGAGUUCUUUAAAUAAUGCCAUAGAGGAGCUAUUUUUUAUAAGUGGUGUGUGAGAGAGUGUGAGAGAGUGUGAGAGAGACCUUUAAAUUGGAGGUAUGGUCAAACUCAACAAAAGAGGCAAUGAAAAUCAUAAUUUUUCCUGAGGGAGUUGAGUCAAACUCAGAAUCAGCAUUUAAUAUUAAUAUGAUGUUACUAUUAGAAUUAAUAUAGAAAAUCUUAUAAUCUUAUAUUAUUAUUUAAUAUCUUACUACUGAAACUCAAAAAGUAAGAGUUUCGAUGUGUGUGACUAGGCCUGUCACACUGUAUUGUCUCAGAAAUACAGUAACUCCAAUAAACUAUAUUAUAUGUCAUUUUAACACCUUCAAAAGUUAGUAACAAUUAGUGCAAUAUGCCUAUAUCUGACUUCUGUUUCUGAUUUCAGAGAGUGUUAAUGUGUGUUUUCGGGUGAUAAACUUGUUUUUUCAAUAGUAAUUUUCCACUUUAUUACAAUAAAACUACACAUUUAAAUUAGUUUUACCUUGGAGAAAAGCUGAAAGCCACACCCAUCUCUAAUUUAUUAGUAAAUAAUUUAUUAGUAAAGUUAUAAACAUUACAGACGAGCUGUGGCAAAACAACAUAUCCCGCCUCCCCAUGCUAAAUCAGUUCUGUCUGUGUAGUAAUUAUGAAAUUGGCCUGUUUAUCUUUCAGAUGUAUGACUGGUGUUUUUUUUUAUGUACGACCUUUGGAGAGAAAUUAAAGACUGGGAUGUGCCUGGUUGAAUAUAAAUAUAAGAAUAUUCGAUUUACAAUAAGGGUACAUUUAUGAACAGAACUUAUGGCAGAAUGUCUCAACUAAUUAUUAAUUAACACUAGUUAAAACACUAUUAAUCAUUACAACAUAUUUUUGACUAAUCUCAGCUAGUCAGCUAGUAAAUCAUUAUUAUUUAUAACAUUCCUAAGAAGUAAAAUGUAGUAAAGUUUAUAUUAAUAACUACUUUACUAUUUUACAAUGUUUAUUACUAUUGUAAGUACUAAAUACUUCUGUUUGUGACCCUUAUUGUAAAGUGCUACUGAUUUUUUGUAUUAUUUUCAGUGCAGGAUAAAGCUGAUAAACAGCAAAUAUAAUUUUUGUGGGCUUUUUGCUCAUAUUUACCGAAGGUGCCAGUAAUACUGGAGGACAGUGUAUUUAUGUGACUGAUAUUAGACGAGUUUAACCCUAAAAAAGAAGAAUGUUUCAGUGCAUUAUACUGUGUUUUCCUUCUAACUGUACUAAACCUGGGUUUCAUAAAUGAUCUAUUAUAAAUGAACCGAACUGUACAUUCACAGAUAGAACACUAAUGUGAUUAACUAGUGAUUUGUUCUCUAAUUUAAUGGCAAUAAAUAACACUUUUGCUGUUCUGAACCUGACAUGUGCGCCCCCUAGUGAUUGAGAACUCACCGUUCCUUUGAUGGACAGGGUUGCAUAGCAACAGAUGGGCUAAAGUCUGUCAGGGUAUACCUACAGAUGUGCACCCAAACAGCAGGUGUUUCUGAUAAAACGGCCUAUAAAUGAAGAUACAAGCUUGGACUAAUAAACUGGCUGCACAGUGGACACUGCAUGGGACAGAGCUUCAACAAAUUCAAAGAGUCAGUACCAGUCAGAAGUUUAACUUUUUACAUAUAAUUGUUUUCCUUUAUUUGUAUAUUUUUAUUAAAGCUGUGUAUUGGCAAGAA